CAGAGAAAAGAGGUAGUGAGCUGGUGUUUCAGGAUGUGAGGGCCCGCAGGAGCGGAGCUGGGCUCUCUCCGCCGCCUGCCUGUCGCUCUGCAAGCUCUGGCCGGCGGCGCUGCCCACAGUCCCCAUGGUGGGCACCCCCCGCAGCGGGGACCCGUGAACAGCAGCGGCAUGCCAGGGAAGCCCAAGCACCUGGGCGUCCCCAACGGACGCAUGGUUCUGGCCGUCUCGGAUGGAGAGCUAAGCAGCACGGCGGGGCCCCAGGGCCAGGGCGAGGGCCGAGGCAGCUCCCUCAGCAUCCACAGUCUCCCCAGUGGCCCCAGCAGCCCCUUCCCCUCCGAGGAGCAGCCUGUGGCCAGUUGGGGCCUGUCCUUCGAGCGGCUGCUGCAGGACCCGCUGGGCCUGGCUUACUUCACUGAGUUCCUGAAGAAGGAGUUCAGUGCGGAGAACGUGACUUUCUGGAAGGCCUGCGAGCGCUUCCAGCAGAUCCCAGCCAGCGACACCCAGCAGUUAGCUCAGGAGGCCCGCAACAUCUACCAGGAGUUCCUGUCCAGCCAGGCGCUGAGCCCAGUAAAUAUCGACCGGCAAGCCUGGCUCGGCGAGGAGGUGCUGGCGGAGCCUCGACCGGACAUGUUCCGCGAACAGCAGCUUCAGAUCUUCAACUUGAUGAAGUUCGACAGCUAUGCGCGCUUCGUCAAAUCCCCGCUGUACCGCGAGUGCCUCCUGGCGGAGGCCGAGGGUCGCCCACUGCGGGAACCCGGCUCCGCGCGCCUCGGCAGCCCUGACGCCACCAGGAAGAAGCCGAAGCUGAAGCCCGGAAAGUCGCUGCCGCUGGGCGUGGAGGAGUUGGGGCAGCUGCCGCCUGCUGAGGGCCCUGGGGGCCGCCCGCUCCGCAAGUCCUUCCGCAGGGAACUAGGAGGCAGCGCGGCAAACUCCUUGCGCCGGGAGUCCCAGGGCUCCCUCAACUCCUCGGCCAGUCUGGACCUCGGCUUCCUUGCCUUUGCUAGCAGCAAAUCUGAGAGCCACCGGAAGAGUCUUGGGAGCUCAGAAGGUGAGAGCGAAAGCCGGCCAGGGAAGUACUGCUGCGUGUACCUGCCUGAUGGCACAGCCUCCUUGGCCCUGGCCCGACCUGGCCUCAGUAUCCGCGGCAUGCUGGCAGGCAUCUGUGAGAAACGAGGCCUCUCUCUGCCUGACAUCAAGGUCUACCUGGUGGGCAAUGAACAGAAGGCCCUGGUCCUGGAUCAGGACUGCACCGUGCUGGCUGACCAGGAAGUGCGGCUGGAGAACAGAAUCACCUUCGACGUUAGGGUCCCGUACAGGCUCGAGCUGGCGGCGCUGGAGCGCGUGGUGCGGAUCUCCGCCAAGCCCACCAAGCAGCUGCAGGAGGCCCUGCAGCCCAUCCUGGCGAAGCACGGCCUGAGCCCACAACAAGUGGCGCUGCACCGGCCAGGAGAGAAGCAGCCGCUGGAUCUGGGGAAGCUAGUGAGCUCGGUGGCCGCCCAGAGACUGGUUUUGGACACUCUCCCAGGUGUGAAGAUUCCUGAAGCUGGCGACACACCCCCUUGCCGCAGCCAGGGUGGCCAGCCUAGAAUCCAGGACAAGGCCGCCGACCACCCUUCACUGCCCCUGAACUCGCUGGCCCAGGCGCCUAGUAGUAUCACUGGGAAGCGGCAGACUUGUGACAUUGAAGGGCUGGUGGAGCUGCUGAACCGGGUGCAGAGCAGUGGAGCCCACGACCAGAGGGGCCUUCUGCGCAAAGAGGACCUGGUGCUUCCAGAAUUUCUGCAACUGCCUGCCCAAGGACCCAACUCCCAGGAGGCCUCAUCACAGACUGAAUCCGCGCCCCAGCCCAAGGGGGGCCCCUCGGACUCCUCUGUGCACUCGGCCCUCUGACAGCUGCCUGCCCGUCCAGGCCGGCUGCAUGGCACCUGGCGGGCCAAGCAUGCCAUGGGCCCGCUCUGCAUGCCCUGUCUGUGCCAUGAGUGUUCCUGGCCCCUUCCUGCCACGGGCAGGCCCGCAGGAAGAGCUGGGAGGGGGUGGGGAGGGGACUCAGAGGAGUGACACUCCUCAGCUGCCACCACUUGGUCCCUUACAGGCUUGCUCGUCCAUCCCUUGCUGCCAGGCCACCAGGGGGAGGUGCAGGUGUGCCCAACAUGGAGGGGCGGCGUUGGCAGUGCCAGCCUCCCCACCAUGUGCCAGGCCUCAGCAGGGAGUGGGAGGGGCCGGCCCUUCCCCGGGGAGCUGGUAUGAGUAAGGCCUGGGGUGCAGGCAGGCAGCCUCUUCCUCUGCCCACAGACUCUACUGGACAUACAGAUUUUGCAGUUGGCUUGGGGCAGCUGGGUUUGUCCUGGAUGUAAGAUAUUGUUAUUAUAAUAAUAAUUAUUAUUCUGCCA